AGGCCAUGACCCAAAAAUAAAACAUACCAUCCUUCAACCUUCCAAUAUAAUGAACCAAAAUUAAGGACUAAUUGGUUAUUUGCAUUCUUUUUGCAUAGUGAGAAAGAAAGAGAGAGCUUUCACGGUGGUGGGCGAGUCACCGGAACUGCCUUACUCCGCCACCGUCAUCACAAUCAACCUCCAUAAAACAAGCAAUGUCAAUACUUGCACCCCCAUUCCAGCUCCUAGAAAUCAACCUCUUAUCGGCGCAAGACCUUGCGCCGGUUUCCAAAUCCAUCAAAGCCUACGCCGUCGCGUGGCUCAACCCGGAGCGGAAACUCACCACCCAAAUCGACCCCGACGGCCAUGACAACCCGACGUGGAACGAGAAAUUCGUCUUCCGCGUCGACGACGACUUCCUCCAAGCCGACGACUCCGCCAUCAUGAUCGAAAUCUACGCCUCCGCGUGGCUCCGUGACGUCCUCGUCGGAACCGUCGCCGUCCGCCUCAGCAAUAUUCUCAACAACCGGAAAUCGAAGGUCCGAUUCGUCGCGCUGCAGGUCCGGCGACCCUCCGGCCGGCCGCAAGGGAUCCUCAACAUCGGCGUUAACCUUGUUGAUGCCACGAAGAGGAGCAUGCCGGCGUACUCCGAGCUCAGCUCCUCCGCCGUUGGGUAUUGGGAUAUCAUGGACCCGAAGAAACAGAAACAAAUCGCGCAGAAUCAUCACGAAAAUCAAACGAUUCACGAUCCCAAUUCGAAUUCGAAACCGGUGAUGACGCUGCAACGAUCGCAGAGCGAGAAGAAUGAAUCGACGAUAACCGAUUACAGUUACAUUCCGAAGCAGAGCAACGGUUAUAACCACCACGGUGGUGAUUCGGAGAUUGGGAUUGGGGUGAGGAAAGGGGUUAUCGUGAACGCGAAUGGAUCCCUCUGUUCCGACGUGGGGCCGUCGCCGUCGGUGGUGGCGGCGGCGAUAGCGAAGGGGAUUUAUCCGCUGCCGGUGAAUGCGCCGAGGAAGCCCGGGAACUUGGUUCUGGAGGGGUGGCCGGAGAAGGGGGAUGAGGAGGUGAAGAUGAAGAAUAACAUUGAACGGUGGCGGGCGGCGGAGGUGCCGGCGGUGUAUGAUCACAUGGGGAAGAAGCAGCAGCUGAAGAAGGGGAAGGGGAAGGGGAAGAAAGGCGCGCACGGCAGAAGGCAUAGCGGUGGUGGGUUGUUUUCUUGCUUUGGAACGGCGUUGGGGUGCGAGUUUUCAAUUACUUGCGGCGGUCCUAACCGGCCGAAGAAGGGUCAUGAUGGUAGUGGUAGCAAGGCUCAUCUUGCUAAUGCUUCUGAUAUCACCUAUGAUGAAUCCUCAUAUCUUUGAAAGCAAAUUGAAAAUGUGUGUUUGGAAAUGGGGAACAUAAAAGUGAUUCUCAAUGAAGCUAACUAGGAAGAAGUGAUUCCAGGAGAUUGUGAAUUCAAACACAAUGUGAGGGGAACAACAUGCAUGAUUUUGUUGGCAUGUGGGGAUGGAUAUGAUUAUGAAUGAGGCAUUGUGAUUGUGAGACAACAAGUGAAAAAGCAAUGUAUGUGUGGUACUUUGGUUGGGGGAACUUGAUAUGAGGUGCUGUAAAUUGCAAAUUUGCAAUGGGGUUUCAUACUCAUAGAUUGGAAUUAGAAUUAAAUAUUGAUGAUAGUAGUAGUGAGGAAUGAAAACACAUGUGCCUCCUUAUGUGUCCUCUGAUUGGUUUAUUAAUCUGUUUUUCUUUCUCAACUUCUUUAUCUGAUGAUGAUGAAGACAGCACUAUGUAAAUUGUAAUUUGAAUAAUGGUUUAAGGAAAACUUUUGUUGCAA